AUGUCGGAACCAUUUCCUCUCCUCAACACGUCGACAGACCCGCUGCAUAGUGGCACCCAGCCACUGAAGCGCCGUCCUAGGAAGAGCAGCGCUCUGAGGACGUCGGACAUCCGUGCUGGCGACACCGGAGGCGCCAUGGCCACCAGCAAGGCCAGCCUCGAGGCUUACGAGAACCAGGUACGCGUGCCUCCCCGGGACUGGACUCCCGCUCCCGCUUCCCCCCCCCCCCCCCCCUUCUUCAGCACCUGCGGUUGCCAGACUAACGUGCUUCACUCGGUCCGACAGCAUUCCGGGGCCAACGGGAAAUCGGUCAACGGCAAUGCCUCUUCCAAGAAGCGGCAUGGGCGCCGUCGUCGUGGCCUCAUGUCGCGCGCCCGCCACAUAAUCGUCAAGCACACGUUCGUCCUGCCCCUCAUCAUCGUGCUCGCCAUCUUGGCCGCCUACGCCGUCAACCCGACGCCGUCCAACCCGGUCCACCACUUCAUCUUCCUCUCGUAUGAGCACCUCGACCAGCUCGAUGCCAGCGGCGAGGUCCAGUACGGCAAGGGGCCAUGGGACAUUGCCUUUGUCACCUUCUACACGGUGGUGCUGUCAUUUACGCGCGAAUUUAUCAUGCAGGAGAUGCUCCGGCCGCUGGCGCGGCUGGCAGGGCUCCCGAAGAGCAAGCACGCGCGCUUCAUGGAGCAGGGAUACACGGCCGUCUACUUCUCGGUCCUGGGACCCUGCGGUCUGUACGUCAUGAGCCGCACGCCCGUGGGCUACUUCAACACGCGGGGCAUGUACGAGAACUUCCCCCACCGCACACACGCGGGGGUCGUCAAGUUUUACUACCUCUUCCAGGCGGCCUACUGGCUGCAGCAGGCCAUCGUGCUGGUGCUCGGCAUGGAAAAGCCGCGCAAGGACUUCAAGGAGCUCGUGGGCCAUCACGUUGUCUCGCUGGCCCUCAUCGGUCUCAGCUACCGCUUCCACUUCACCUACAUCGGCCUCGCCGUCUACACGACGCACGACAUCAGCGACUUCUUCCUGGCCACGUCCAAGGUUCUCAACUACAUCGACCACCCCAUCACGGCGCCCUUCUUCGGCCUCUUCAUGAUGGUCUGGAUCUAUAUGCGCCACUACAUCAACCUACGCAUCAUCUGGUCCCUCUUCACCGAGUUCCAGACCGUCGGGCCCUUUGAGCUCAACUGGGAGACGCAGCAGUACAAGUGCCGUCUCAGCCAGGUCAUAACGUCGUCGCUCCUCAUCUCCCUCCAGUGCCUCAACCUCUUCUGGCUGUUCUACAUCAUCCGCAUCGCCUACCGUAUCGUUGCCCUGAACGUCGCCGAGGACGACCGCUCUGACGAUGACGAGGAGGAGGAGGAGGAAGAGGUUGACGAGAAGCAGCAGCUGCUCAGCGAGGAGAAGGCCGCCGCCGCCGCCGCCGCCGGCCAGGACAACUAA